CAAAAGGUGAAAGGUAGCAAAGGAAAGAAAAGUAAAUUCAUACAAGCAAGAGAACCUGAUUCAAAGUUAUAGAGAGAGAAAAAAAACACACACACACAGACACAGCUAAAAGAAAGACAGAGAAACAAAACAAAACAAAAACUCUGUUAAAAGGCUAUGAGGAAAAGAAACAUGUGGUAUUGGAAUUCUGAGGGCGGUUAGAGAGAGAGAGAGAGAGAGAGAGAGAGAGAGAAACUGAAACCCUUCUCUGGUUUGUUCUUCCUUUUGGUUUAAAACAGCUUUUUGAAGGGUCUUUGGAGGUUGGAAGGUUUAGCUAAGAACUACUACUUAUCUGAUCUUUUGCCCAGUGAGGUGGUCUCCUUGCUAAUCAAUGGAGAGACAGUAAUGCUAGGAACAUGGGAAAAAAAGGCAGUUGGUUUUCUGCAAUAAAGAGGGUGUUUUUACCCCAUUCCAAGGAGAAACUUGCCAAUGACCCAGAGAGAAAAAGCACAAAAGACAAGAAAAAGAAGGGGUUAGGAAAAUUAAGGCAUGCUGAGACCAACUCAUUCAUUCCCCUCUUUAGGGAGCCGAGCAGCAUUGAGAAAAUAUUUGGGGAUUUUGAGAGAGAGCAACAAAAGUUAACUGUUAGGCCUCCCACUCCUCCUGAGCAACCGAGAACGCCACCUUUUGUGCCUCCUAGAGUUGCUUCUCCAAGGGCUCCUUCUCCAAGGGUUGCCUCUCCUAGGGUUGCUUCUCCAAGGGUUGCCUCUCCUAGAGCUACUUCCCCUAGAGCUGCUUCUCCUCGGAUUGUUCAUCAUCACAAGGAGACUAGCUACAGACCAGAACCAACUUUAAGAACCCACCAUGCUUCAGCUACUAAGAUCCAGGCAGCCUAUAGAGGUUAUAUGGCAAGGAGAAGCUUUAGAGCUUUAAAGGGUCUGGUGAGGCUACAAGGAGUGGUGAGAGGACAGAAUGUGAAGCGCCAGACGGUGAAUGCAAUGAAGUACAUGCAACUCUUGGUGCGGGUUCAAUCUCAAAUUCAGUCUCGGAGGAUCCAAAUGUUAGAAAACCAAGCCAGGCGUCAAGCUCAGUUCAGGAAUGAUAAAGAAGUGGAUAGUACCUUUGGCAAAUGGAGUCAGGCAUCUGAGGCAGGUAAUGAUGACUGGGAUGAUAGCUUGCUAACAAAGGAGGAGAGAGAGACAAGAUUGCAGAAAAAGGUUGAGGCAGUCAUCAAGAGAGAGAGAGCUAUGGCCUAUGCGUAUUCACACCAGUUGUGGAAAGCCACUCCUAAAUCAACUAACACUCCUCUAGCUGAUAUCCGAUCUGGGGGAUUUCCGUGGUGGUGGAACUGGUUGGAACGUCAGCAGUCUCCAGCAAAUCCUCCUGAAGGCCAAGCCAUGAAGAGUUUUCAAAUUACACCUCCAAGACCUGUUUCAGAAAUGAAGCCAAGCCCGUGGCCUCAAUCAAGCAACCACAAGCAAAAUCCUUUUGGCUUUGAUAGUAUGGAUACGCCCACACCAAAAUCGACAAGAUCAACUAUAGUCACAUCAGCAAAACAAGCUCGAACACCACCUCCACAUAGAAACCCACUAGCCAACAGCUCAAGCAUGUCAAAGUAUUCAAGACCAAGAGCUAGUGGAGCUAGUAAUUCACCCUUUGAUCUGCCACUAAAGGAUGACGACAGCCUCAUGAGUUGCCCACCAUUUUCAGUUCCAAACUACAUGGUUCCAACAGUUUCAGCCAAAGCCAAAGCAAGAGCUUAUAGUAACCCCAAGGAGAGGUUUCCAGGGACUCCAAGCAGUACUGAGUCAAAAAGGAGACUUUCAUUCCCUUUGACACAAGGCAUUGGGUCUUUCAAGUGGAACAAAGGCUCCUUGUUCUCUAACAAGGAGGAUUCUAGCUCUCAAAAGAUGUUAGACAAGGACCAGUCACUUCAAUCUGUAGGGAAUUUGAGUGUGGAUUCAACUGUUUCUUUACCUGCUGGGAUUGGAAGGAAGCCAUUUAACCGAUUUGUGUGAUUUCUUUUGGUAUAUUUUUGACCUUUUAAAAAAAAAAAAAAAAAUCCAUUGUGGUGUUUAUUUUCAUUGAGUGUAUGGUGAUAGUUUGAUUUAUAUAAUACUGAUGUAAUAUAAUAAAGAAACGAUAGGAAAUGAUGGUUUGAAUGUAAUAGGAUUGGGUUUCUAAAAGGUAUCAUGACAUUAAUUUCUUAGGAUUGCUAAAAUCUCUAAAUUCUCUCAUUGUAAUCUCAAAAGGCUUUGAUUGUUUCAAAUCUAACAGUGUUCACACU